GAGUGUGCACAUUUGAUAGUUGUCAGUGUAUGUAUUCCCGUACAAAAAAGUAUUUACUUUGUACAACGAAUGACUGAUAAAUUAUAGUAUAUCUUAUUAGUAGUUCAGUUUAAUAAAGAGAAGAAAUAAGCAAAUAUGGACCGAUUAUUGAGAUUAGGAGGUACUAUGCCAGGCCUCAGUCAAGGACCUCCUCCCUCGGAUGCUCCAGUUGUUGAUACUGCAGAACAGGUAUACAUAUCAUCACUAGCACUUUUGAAAAUGCUUAAACAUGGACGUGCUGGUGUACCUAUGGAAGUGAUGGGUCUGAUGCUUGGAGAAUUUGUUGAUGAUUACACUGUUCGUGUUAUUGAUGUGUUUGCUAUGCCUCAAACUGGAACAGGAGUUAGCGUAGAAGCAGUUGAUCCAGUAUUUCAAGCAAAAAUGUUAGAUAUGCUUAAACAAACUGGUCGGCCAGAAAUGGUAGUAGGAUGGUAUCACUCUCAUCCAGGUUUUGGUUGUUGGCUUUCUGGUGUAGAUAUUAAUACACAACAGUCAUUUGAAGCUCUUAGUGAAAGGGCAGUGGCUGUUGUAAUUGAUCCUAUACAAUCAGUAAAAGGAAAAGUUGUUAUUGAUGCAUUUAGAUUAAUUAAUCCAAACAUGAUGGUUCUAGGACAAGAACCACGUCAGACUACAUCCAAUUUAGGUCAUCUACAAAAGCCAUCUGUUCAAGCAUUAAUUCAUGGUUUAAAUCGUCAUUAUUAUAGCAUUAGUAUUAACUACCGUAAAAAUGAAUUAGAGCAAAAAAUGCUAUUAAAUUUACACAAAAAGACAUGGAUGGACGGUCUCACACUUGCAGAAUACUCUGAACACAGUAGACUCAAUGAAAAUAUUGUAUCUGAAAUGCUUGAGCUUGCCAAGAAUUAUAACAAGGCAUUGGAAGACGAGGAAAAAAUGACGCCCCAACAAUUAGCCAUAAAAAAUGUGGGCAAACAAGAUCCAAAACGGCAUUUAGAGGAAAAAGUGGACACGCUUAUGGCCACAAACAUUGUUCAGUGUCUGGGAGCAAUGCUCGAUACAGUUGUAUUCAAAUAACUAUUUCUUAAAACGUCAUUUGCAAUAUAUUAUUGGAAGAAAUAUACUACAUCUUUUUAAAAUACGUGCGUCUGUAAUCUGUACCCAAGAAAGUACAUAUAAUACACAAUUUUUUUACUGA